CUACGACUUAAUUGCCUCGACUGUGUCGAAUGUUGCCUGACGUUUACGCCUCUCUAAGCUCACACUCGGACGCCGGUUGCCGCAGCCACGCAUAAAAUGACCCAUAAUUAUACAGUUGUGACCAACCGAGGUAGCAUAUUGUGGUCCCGCGUUGUCUAUGCCACGAAUAUGCACGCCUCUUAUCUCCUUGCCUUUCUCGCGGGCCCAGAUGGAAUUAUACGAACUCGAGGACAAGUAUUGGCCACCCGCACUUCUGUCGGUACAGAUCAAAUUGUUUGAUACGUGGCAGCACCGAGAGCG